AUGGAGACUCUCAUGCAGCAUAGCAACAACCUCAGCACCGGGCACAGCUCCGUGUCGGACCACGGCGCUGGGGCGCUAAGCCGUGCGGGUCACACUGCGGCGGCCGUGGUCCUCGGGUUCAUCCUGGUCCUGGGCUUCCUCUGUAACUUCCUGGUGCUGCUGGUCUUCUCGCGUUUCCCCGGACUGCGGACCCCGGUCAGCCUGCUGCUGAUCAACAUCAGCGCCAGCGACAUGCUCGUCUGCAUCUUCGGGACUCCCCUCAGCUUCGCGGCCAGCGUGCGCGGCAGGUGGCUGACCGGGUCCCACGGAUGCCGGUGGUACGGUUUCUCCAACGCGCUUUUCGGUAUAGUAUCUCUGGUGUCUCUCUCUCUGCUGUCCUUUGAGCGAUACUCGGUGGUGCUCCGCAGCACCCAGUCGGACUCCUCUCAGUACCGCAGGGCCAGGUUCGCUGUUGCGGCCUCCUGGAUAUACUCACUGGUCUGGACUCUGCCGCCGCUGCUGGGCUGGAGCAGCUACGGACCGGAGGGUCCCGGCACCACCUGCUCGGUCCAAUGGCACCAGCGCUCGGCCCCAUCUCGCUCCUACAUCAGCUGUUUGUUUGUCUUCUGCCUGCUCCUGCCUCUGCUGCUCAUGCUGUUCUGCUACGGGAGGAUCCUGCUGGCUGUACGAGAGGUGACGACGCAGUUCAGCGGGAUCAACCGGACCACAGCUGAGCAGAGGGAGGGCCGUAUCCUUCUGAUGGUGGUCUCCAUGGUGACGGGGUACCUAUUGUGCUGGAUGCCAUACGGUGUUGUGGCGAUGCUCUCCUCCUUUGGACGGCCAGGCAUGGUGCCGCCUGCCGCCAGUUUAAUCCCCUCCCUGCUGGCGAAGACCAGCACCGUCCUCAACCCUGUUAUAUAUGUGCUGCUCAACAACCAGUUCUCCAGGUGUUUCCUGUACAUGAUCAGGUGCGGUUCAGAAGCCCCGCCCACCCCGGUCCACCUCACUCUGCCCAGCAGCAGGAGGGUGUGGCCUCACCCUCCCAACCCACCAACAGAGGAACAAAACACACCAAAGCACAUUCCUGCUUUCUACGCAACAAGUCAAAGGCAAUUUUAGUUCAGUGUCAUAUG